GCCGACUUCUCUUCCGUCAGCCGUCCUCCAGUGUCUGUCGCUCAAAGUCUGUCGAAGAUCCUGCAUCCAUCUCUAACGCAAAAUAUGUUCACACAUCUCCUGUAACUCUUCAACAUUGAUACUAUGAUGACUUCUAUGUCAGCCAAAACAAUUAACACACCACAGUUUCCUGAGCCAACAGUCCUUAGAGAGAAAAACAACUUUGAAAAUAAGUUUAACCAAUCAAAACGUUCUGGAGAAACGAGGGAGGCCAGAAAUCCAUUGCCCGCGUCAAUUUCACCCAGACAGGUAACUCAAACGCACGGUGUCAAUGCAGUGUCACCAAAUGCAGCAGAAGAUGAAAUCGAAAAACAAUCAAUCGCAGUAUGGCAUGGAACACACUGUCCCAGUUGUCAAGAUCUUGCGAGCAUCAAGAAGGAAAACAUGGCCCGAUUACAGCACCAUACAAAAUUCGGUUGCAUUUAUUCAAUAUACUAUCGAACAAUAAGGAAUUUAGUGGAACGUGUAAAACAAAUACAACCCAGCUCUACAUCCAAGGAUAACCAGAAGAAUUCAAACAUAUUCGAUCCCAAGCAAGCAAAAGAUCUCUGUGAGUUAUCUGCGUCAAGUGAAAUCAUAUCGAAAAACCAACCCGAAUUAUUUAAAGAAGCGGCUAAACUGAGCGACGAGUUGGUAGGGCCAACUAAAUCAGACAAAUUUAACUGCGAUCACUACAAAAAGUAUCUUGAGUUGUUGCUUGAAAUUUCCAAAUUAAUCGCAGCUGACGAGGAGCUCAUUGGAGAUAUUGAAACGUAUCUGAAACCGUUUCGUCAGGAACCAAUCAGCGAUGGAAGUAUUGCCAUGGGAGAAUCUGAACCGGGAAAUGACCCCAGAAAAUGGCAAGAAACUUUUCUUGAUUUAAAACAUUCACCAGAGGAUAAGAGCUUUGGCUACGAAUUGAAAAAAAUUGCAGAACCGCGAAGAAAUAAAGAAUCAUUUGAGUUAAUACCAUCAAGUUACGUAUUCAAAUGCCACGGAUUUUCAACAAGUGCGAAUUCAAUCAAAUGACAAACAGACUGGCCAAGGACUCUGGCUUCGGACAUUUUUCGCAAUUCUUUUAUCGACAACAAGGACGAAUUUUGUUUCAUUAACAGUUUUUUCAGUUUUAUUCUUUUGCAUAAAUUUUUGUUAAA